GAGUAGGAAAUGCCAUAUUCCAUGAAGUAAACCCAUUUAUAUCCAAAGAAACCAUACGUUUAUAAGCAAAAGAAACCUUUAAAAAAUGGCAAACAGUGUCACCCAAGGACAGGAAACUCCUCUGCUCACACCCUAUAAAAUGGGAAAUUUUCACUUAUCUCACAGAAUUGUGUUGGCACCCUUGACAAGGCAGAGAUCUUACAACACCAUUCCUCAGCCUCAUGCUAUUUUGCAUUACUCUCAGAGAACCACCAAAGGAGGUCUUCUAAUAGCAGAAGCCACAGCAAUUUCUGACACUGGCCUAGGAUACCCAGAUACACCUGGUAUAUGGACAAAGCAGCAGGUUGAAGCCUGGAAACCCAUUGUAGAUGCAGUGCAUGCUAAAGGUGGCAUCUUUUUCUGCCAGAUUGGGCAUGUUGGCAGAGUCUCAAAUACAGAUUUUCAGCCCAAUGGACAAGCACCCAUCUCCAGCACUGAUAAGCCACUAACUCCCCAAAAUCAAGCACAGUUUACUCCUCCACGACGGCUAAGGGCAGAUGAAAUCCCUCAAGUCAUCAAUGAUUUCAGGCUUGCUGCAAGAAAUGCAAUCCAAGCUGGUUUUGAUGGAGUGGAGAUCCAUGGGGCUCAUGGCUAUCUAAUAGAACAGUUCUUGAAAGAUGGAGUGAAUGAUCGAACAGACGAAUAUGGAGGGUGUCUGCGAAACCGGUGCAGAUUUGCUUUGGAAGUGGUUGAAGGUGUUGCAGAUGAGAUUGGAGGUGAGAGGGUGGGGAUAAGGCUUUCUCCCUUUGCUAACUAUAUGGAAUGUGGAGACUCAAAUCCAAAUGGUUUGGGGGUUUUCAUGGCUGAAUCCUUGAACAAGUAUGGCAUUCUGUACUGCCAUAUGGUUGAGCCAAGAAUGAAAACAGUUGGGGAGAAGAGUGACUGCGGCCUUGACAGUCUUUUGCCAAUGAGGAGGGCAUUCAAGGGCACUUUCUUGGUUGCUGGUGGUUAUGACAGGGAAGACGGGAUCAAGGCGGUGGCCGAAAACCGAGGUGAUCUCGUAGUCUAUGGCCGCCUAUUCUUGGCCAAUCCCGAUUUACCAAAGCGAUUCGAGCUCAAUGCCCCUCUCAACAAGUAUGACAGAAACACUUUUUAUACCUCAGACCCUAUUAUUGGCUAUAAUGACUAUCCAUUUCUUGAAAAUACUGCUUAAGUCUAUUCAGCUAUAGACAACUUAGACUGGUUUACCUGGGUUUCACCCACAAAGAACUCUACAAGACAGACC